CAUUGGUCGCGGGGCGGGGCUUAGAGCUGCGGGUGGCCGCCUGGGCGGGCGCCGGGCUCAGUGUGCGGCCAGCGGCGGCGGGCCCUGGGCGGGGGGCGCAGAGCGGUGGGAGUCCCUGUCUUGCCUGCCAUGGGGCUGGAGGCCGAGCCCCUCGCCGCCCCCCACCCUUACUGGCCCCGGGAGCUGGAGAUCCGGCGCUACGUCCCCAACGAUCGCCCCGCCUGGCACAGCCUGUCCUUCCUCUUCUCCGCCUCGGCGGCCCUGCUGACGCUCACCUGGCGGGCCGCCGGCUGGCGGGGGUGGACGGGGGUGCCCAUGAGGACCGGGCGCCGCCUGGCCAUCUGUUGGUUUGCCAUCUGCGGCUUCAUCCAUGGCGUGAUUGAGGGCUGGUUCAGCCUCUACCACACAGAGAUACCUGGGGACCAGUCCUUCCUCUCCCAGCUGUGGAAGGAGUACGCCAAAGGAGACAGCCGAUACGUCAUAGAGGAUAACUUCACUGUGUGCAUGGAGACCAUCACCGCCUGGGCAUGGGGGCCGCUGAGCCUCUGGACCGUGCUGGCUUUCCUGCAGCGCCAGCCCCACCGCUAUGUCCUGCAGCUGGUAGUGUCGCUGGGCCAGCUGUAUGGCGACGUCCUGUACUUCUACACCGAGUACCGGGAGGGCUUCGCCCACAGUGAGAUGUGGCACCCGCUUUACUUCUGGUUCUACUUCAUCUUCAUGAACGCCCUGUGGAUCAUCAUCCCCUCCAUCCUCCUUCUCGACGCCUGGGGGCACCUGAGUGCUGCCCAGAGGGCGCUGGAUGCUGUCAAGCCCAAGAAACACUGAUGCUUCUUACCCGCCCCUUGCCACCCAGGGGUGGGGGUAUCUGGCACAAAACUGCCCUGGUGGGGGCUGAAGGAUGAACGAUGCUCAGGGAUUGCAGUGUGCAGGACUCCUAGGUUCUCUCCCUGGCUCUGGGAGGGAAGUGGGGUCUAGUGGGCUAGAGUGCGGGAUGGGAGCUAGGACUCCUGGGUUCUCUCCCUGGCUCUGGGAGGCGAGUGGGGUCUAGUGGGCUAGAGCAGGGGCGCUGGGAGCCAGGACGUCUUGGCUCUUUUCCCAGCAUGUGAGCGACAUUCCAGUUUCUCCAAGCCGGCUUUACCUGCUGGCCUGGUGGGGAGAGAUGGGUGAACGGGGGGAGGAGAUCACUAGCAAGGGUCGGGGAGAUAUCUGCCUCCCUAUGACUUGUUAUCCACCACACCCUCCAUGUUCCCAUAACCAAAGCUCCGAUCCUGUCUCUGUGUACCCCCAAAAAGGACCCCCUUUGCCUCCUGACUGCAGGGUCAGGGGUGCUGGGACCUCAAGCACCUCUGGUCACAGGGCCAAUCAGCUUGUUUUAAUAAACACAUGUAUGUAUUCCUUUGCCUUCCA